CGGAAUGUGACAUGUUAUAGGUACAUGUAGUGGGCGAGGUGAAUCAUGAAAACGACAUCGUUUUGGAACAGAGCUGAUUUGCAAUCGAAUUGAGUGGUACCAACCAGCGAUUCUCUGCUCGUGCCACUUUCAAUUCGUUUCCGCUUUCCCAUUUUUUCGAAUGUGGAAUUUUGCAUCAAAUUGUAUUGCUGGAAAUGCGGGACUGAAUAAAGAUUCUCCAAACCCAACUCAUUCUACUUCAGAAUGUUCUGAUGAUGAGAAUUCUGUCGUAGGAAGAGAGGAAGGGCUUGAAUGCCCGGUAUGCUGGGAAUCGUUCAACAUUGUUGAAAACGUGCCUUAUGUUUUAUGGUGUGGUCAUACCCUUUGUAAAAACUGUAUCUUGGGACUACAAUGGGCUGUUGUGAAGUUUCCUACGCUACCGGUUCAACUUCCGCUUUUCAUUUCCUGCCCGUGGUGCAACCUACUAUCAUUCCGUUUAGUUUAUCGGGGAAAUCUUAGAUUCCCUCGCAAGAACUACUUUCUUCUUUGGAUGGUUGAGGGCAUGAACGGUGAUCGAGUCAAAUCUCAUUCAACUUCCUGUGGGGAUAAUCAACAAAAUUGUACAAGCAGGGGCAGUUUAACCUCAGGAGACCAAGUAAACCAUGGCAACCUUCAGAGGGGGCAAGUUCAUCAUCCUGAUCCAUCGAGAUCCGGCCAGCGUCAAGGUAAUGCCGGUAAUUACCUCAAUAUGGAAAGAGCCCAUAUAUCUCUUCGAAAGUCACUGAUUUUCUUGGUCCAGUUGACUGCUAAGUUCCCAUUGAUCCUUAUAUUUCUUUUGAUUAUCUUGUAUGCAAUACCGGCCAGUGCAGCCAUUUUGGCUAUGUAUAUACUUGUUACAAUCCUCUUUGCACUCCCAUCAUUUCUUAUCUUGUACUUCUCAUAUCCUAGCUUAGACUGGCUUGUCAGGGAAAUCGUUGCGUGAGAUCAUCAAAGCCUAAUUUUACCUCACUUUGUUCAAUGAUUUGCCACCGAACCUUUAGUCCUUUACAGGCUGUGUCGAUUCUCUUCCGACAUACAGCAUUGCUCAAUUUUAUAUAGUAGUAUAUGCGACUCGGUCUUUAUUUCAGCUAUAGUGGAGUUUGGCUGGUUGGUACUGGGUAGGUACAAAAUCAGUUUUUGGCACUAAUGUUGUUGAUAUCAACCAAGGCUGUGGAAUAGGGUGCUGAUAGCCUGCGCCGUUUUUCUGAAGGCUACUGCGAUGCUUGGGGAUUUCAUUUAUCAAUGUCAUGUUUUGUAUGGUAUGGGUAUUUCUUUUAAUAUGUUUGUAAAUUGUAUAUAACAACUUUGUUGUUUGUGUAGUUUACAUUUGAAGUACUAUCUGCAUAAUUUGAAACA